UUCUUCUGUUCAUUCAAUAAUGUUCCAUGUUGCCGGUUACAACGACGUAUAGUAAUUGUACGGGUACCGUAAACAAAUUAAAAAUGAUUCAUUACCUUCGAUUAGUCUAUUAUAAAAAUUAUAGAAGUAACUAAGAUCGUGAAAAUUGUGUUUAUUUGCGUACAAUGAACGAUGGCAGUGUUAGUUUCCAAUAUAAGCGGACAUAUUCAAAACCAGUUGACUCGGUCUUUAGAACGAAUACUGGAAGAAGCAAACCAAAGUGGCGAGCUGAAAUUGAGUAACAGAAAAUUGAAGGAUUUCCCUAAAUCUAACGACAAAUAUAAUUUAAGUGAUACUGUUAUUGCAGAUUUGUCAAAAAAUCGGUUUUGCGAGUUACCGGAAGAAGUUUUGAGUUUCCAUUUUCUAGAAAAGUUGUGUUGUUAUCAUAAUGCAAUCCGCUUUAUACCUGAUGCAGUGAGCAGUCUUCAAUGUUUAAAUUUCCUAGAUCUCAGUAGAAAUCAGCUGACGAGUCUUCCGAGGGAAUUAUGUCAGUUGCCAAUUGAGAUUUUACUAAUAUCAAACAAUUCAUUAUCUUCCCUCCCAGACGAAAUGUGCCGAAUGUCCCAGCUGACGGAACUUGACGCUUCUUGUAACCAAUUGACCCAUUUACCACCCCGUCUGGGGGAGUUGAAGUCACUCCAAUCUCUGGUUCUACGUAACAACCUGUUAUUAGCCGUGCCAAUAGAGUUGACCUAUUUGAAGUUGGUGAGGCUGGACCUCAGAGCCAAUAGGAUCAGCAAUCUUCCCAUCGAAUUGAGAAAUAUAUCGUGUUUAAUAGAGCUUUUGGUUGAUGAUAAUCCUCUCACUAGUCCUCCGGCGAGUUUGUGCAAGCGUGGCAGAGUGCAUAUAUUCAAGUAUCUAGAGUUAGAAGCGUUAAAAUUUGACAGGCGACCAGAUUCCAACGGUGGAACGCUAGGUAGGAGGCCGAGAAGAAGUGGUGCAGGUUCAUCACCAGGACCUCUACACCUUACCGAUAGACUGAAACAUAAAAGGCAUAAUGUAGAUAGCGGGUACAGUACAAGUAGUGAUUGUUAUGACAAACGAUGGUCACAAGAAAUAACUAUAAGAACAGGAGACCAAAAUGGUACCCAAUCAACAUUAUCCACACCUUCAACAUUAUCACCAGCUCACGAAUCAAACAAUGACGAAGAAGUUGGAAAAGUUAACGAAUUAGAUAAAGUGGAUGGCCUAAAAUCCAGAGAAUAUGCCAGUGUACGUCUUAGUCCGUGCCCUGACAGUUUUUCUAACAGUAAUGGAACUGAUGAUAGAAAACCUUUACAUCAAAUUCAAACCUACAGGGAGUACAAAGAAGCCCUAAAACAACAAAGGGCACAAGACGUGCCUUCUAUAUAUAGGACAAAGGACGACCAAAGUUAUAAAACGGAACCAAAUACCCCAACCCAUCACGUAGCUCCAUCUCAAACACUAGCCACCUCCCGAUCUGAUCCCACUCCUCUAAAUUCCGCCUUUAGUAAUCCCAAAACAAUUUUCGACGAUACUAGUCCCACCAAAAAACCAGUGCAAAAAGUUCAGCCCUCCAGAACGUAUUCUCCAAUCCACAUGAACGGAGUAAGUGAUAAUAGAAACGGAUCGCCGAAAAUAAGCAAUUACGUCAAACCGAAAUCGCCCAUGAAAGGAUCGUCGGACAUAAUGUCACACGAUAAUGUGCCUACCGUUAAAUCUGUGAUUACCAAUGGAAAGAGUUCCCCGAAAUUGGGAUUCCAUUCGACGCCGAGGAGUCCGAAGACUACGAAGAGUAUUAGUUGGAAUCACGACGCCAAUAAUGAUAAAUUGUCGUUUACCAUGAGGAGAGAGAUAGAUAAGGCGAAGGAAGAGACUGAUCUUAUUAAUCAGUUAAGAAAUGUCAUUGAAAGUAGACUGAAAAUGGCUUUGCCAGAAGAUUUGGCUCCAGCUUUAACAGAUGGAGUAGUAUUGUGCCAUUUAGCAAACUAUAUCAAACCUAGAUCUGUAGCGAGUAUUCAUGUUCCGUCUCCAGCAGUUCCGAAAUUGACGAUGGCCAGGUGUAGAAGAAAUGUUGAUAAUUUCAUAGAAGCUUGUCGAAAGAUUGGAGUAGAUGAGGAACAUCUGUGCAGCAGCCUAGACGUGACGGAAGCCUUGUGCGGAAGAGGGUUGCCGAGACUCGUCGAGACCGUUGAACACCUCUGCAAAUUUGAUCCAUAUCUUCAACACCGGCCAGCCAAGAAACCGAGUCUGCAAGACACCACAGUCUCACUCCUGUUGCUCGCAGUCUUCUUCGGAACUGUGGCGAUGUUGAUUGCUUUUCCACCACCAAAUUAAAGAUAAGUAGAUGGGAUUUUAUGAUAUUUAUAUUCUAGAUAUUUAUCGAACGUUAAUACUUUUGACAUAAAAUUUUGGUAGAUAAUCGUUGGACAGAAAAGAUUGUAGGCUUACAUAGAAAGAAUUUUUUUUUUAUAAAAUUUGAUUUUAAUAUUCAAUAUAAUUAUCUUCGAGGGCGAUACAACGAUUGUAGCUGUCAUACAACUUUUCAAUACCAUUUUUAUAAUACAAUUUGUCGUUAGCCUCAAAAUAAGCCUCAGUUUCGGCGAUUACCUCUUUCAUCAUCAUAAGUGGCUCGACAAUCCGUUGUUGGAUCUUGGCCUGCUCACAAAGAAGUCGUCACUCCUGUCGAUUCCUGGCAACUUCCCUCUAUCUUCUGACACCUAGAAUUUUUAGGUCUUCUUCCACAUCAUCAAUCCAUCUUCUUCGUGGUCGUCCUCUACUUCUUGUGCCCUCUGGUUUUGAAAAUGUUAAUCUCUUAAUGUAUUCGUGGUCUGACAUCCUAGCAAUGUGUCCAGCCCAUCUAAGUCUCUGCACUUUAACGAAUUUCACAAUAUCUGGAUCAGUGUAUAACUGAUACAGUUCAAAGUUGUAUCUUCGACGCCAUAGCCCAUUUUCAUUUACUGCCCCAAAAAUCUUUCUAAGAAUUUUUCUCUCAAAACUACCAAGAAGUCUUUCAUCACUUUUAGAUAGGGUCCACGUUUCAGCUGCAUAUAUCAAAACCGGUCUUAUUAAGGUCUUGAAUAUAUUGAGCUUUACUGCACGUUUUAUAUUUUUAUUUUUUAAAUGUUUAUGGAGACCGUGAACAGUUCUGUUUGCUAUUGCUAUGCGUCUUGUCGUGUUUAUUGAGUUUACUAGCGAUCCAAGAUAUGUGAAUUCCUUGACUUGCUCAAAGGUGUGAUUGUUAAUUUGAAUUCUCUGUUGGAUAUUUCGGGAGUUUUUAGAAACCAACAUAUAUUUGGUUUUUUCCUCGUUUACCACAAGUCCUAAUUCACUUGCCGCGUCCGCAAGUCUUGUAAAACACUGCACCAUGUCUCUCAAAUUUCUGCCCACUAUAACUAUAUCGUCAGCGAAUGCGAGAAUUUGCGUCGAUCUAUUAAAAAUAGUUCCAUUCAUUCCAAUAUUUAGUUUUCUGACUGCCGAUCUAUUAAAAAUAGUUCCAUUCCUUCUAAUAUUUAAUUUUCUGACUGCGUUUUCUAAGGCAAUAUUAAAGAGGAGACACGCCAGCGCGUCUCCCUGUCUUAGACCAUUAUUAACUUCAAAGAACGUAGAGUUUUCUCCUUCAAUUCUAACGCACGAGCUUACGUUUUGCAUUGUUAGUUGGGUCAACUUAACUAAUUUAGGUGGGAUCCCAAAGUCUAUCAUUACAUUAUAUAAUGCGCUUCUUUUAACACUGUCAUAGGCUGCUUUGAAGUCGACGAAGAGAUGGUGGGUAUCUAUGUUAUAUUCCAGUGACUUUUCUAGAAUCUGCCUAUGUGCUUGAAUUUGAUGUAUAGUUGACUUUCCAGCAUUAAAUCCGCAUUGGUAUUGACCUACAAUAUCCUUUGUAAAAUGUUUAAGUCUUUCAAACAAUAUAUUGCCGAAGAUUUUAUAUGCAGAUGCUAACAAAGUAAUGCCUCUAUAGUUCUUACAAUCCAGUUGAUCACCUUUUUUAUAUAACGGACAUAUUACUCCCUUUAGCCACUCUUCUGGUACCAAUUCAUUCUGCCAUAUAAGAACUAUCAGUUUAUGGAUUGCUGCAAAAAGUUGAUCACCACCUUUUUUAAACAUUUUCCAGCAGAUUUCGUCGAUUCCUGGGGCUUGAUUGUCUCUGAGUUUUAGGAUGGUAUUUGACAUUUCUUCUCUUGUUGAUGUAGGUUUUGUUGAUUUCCUAUGUUGUAACCUCCUUCAAUAUCGUUUAUAUUUAGAUGUUCACAGAAAUGUUGUGCCCAUCUGUUAAGAACUAAGUUUUUGUCAUGUAGAAUUUUACCGUUAGUGUCUCUUCUUCUUCUUCUUCUUAACGUGCCCUAUCAAGUCCCCUUGACGUUGGCGAUUAACAUGGCGAAACUGUCUCUGUCUCAAGCUAUUCUAAAUAGUUGUUCUGCUUUCUUUAUUCCUGUCCACUCCCGGAUAUUCUUCAACCAAGAGGCCUGCUUUCUACCAAUUCCUCUGCGUCCUUCGAUUUUACCCAUCAUAAUAAGUUGAAGAAUAUUAUACCGAUCUCCCCUUACUACGUGUCCAAAAUAGGCCAUCUUUCUAUAUUUGAUGUUGUCAAGCAGCUCGCGGGUAGCAUUUGCUCUCUUAAGGACUGCCACAUUUGUCAGCAUAGCCGUCCAUGGUAUUUUCAGAAUACGUCUGUGCAGCCACAAUUCAAAGGCCUCCAAACGGUUAAUGGUGGAUAUUUUUAAUGUCCAUGC